AUGAGUAGACAUGUGUGAACAAAAAGGAGGAAUGAAAGGAUAGGAAAGAGGCAGUAAGAAAAAAAGAGAGGAAAGACCCUAGAGUGAAAGAAGAAAGGGAGCAAACUAAUUCAUUUUCACGUCGUCGCUUCUGUCCCGUGCAGGCUCGCUGUGCUGCGCGAAGAUCGUCAGAAAACUCGUUCAGGCUGCCGUUAACCCUCAAACCGUCAAUACGCACGGCACAAUCUUCAACACGCUGAGGUUUAACGCCACCGGCGGCCCAUCCCGCGCCUUACAGGCAGAGCUGCCCCGAGCACACGACAGAGAAGCACCCAGCGGGGCAUCACAGGCACCGAGUGCGCUCGACGGGCACCUGAGGGGAGGUGAAAAACGCGCCUGCGGUACGUACCGGUCGAGGACCAUGGACAGCGCCGGCAACUACUCAGAAGCGGAUCAAAGGAGCCAGCUGUGCUCGUUUUAUAACGGCAGCAGCUUGUGUGGGAACUUCACCGACAACACAAGCUUCGCCGAGGGGAGUAGAGGGAACAACAUGGAAAUCGACGCCAAUCCGGUUAUCAUAGCGAUUGCCAUCACCGCUCUUUACUCCAUAGUGUGCGUCGUGGGGCUGGUUGGAAACGUGCUGGUCAUGUAUAUCAUUGUCAGAUACACCAAAAUGAAGACAGCCACCAACAUCUACAUCUUCAACCUUGCUCUGGCUGACGCCUUGGUGACGAGCACACUACCGUUCCAGAGUGUUAACUACCUAAUGGGGACCUGGCCUUUUGGGGACGUCUUGUGCAAGAUGGUGAUGUCCAUCGACUACUACAACAUGUUCACCUCUAUCUUCACACUCACCACCAUGAGCAUCGACCGCUACGUCGCUGUGUGCCACCCCGUCAAAGCACUGGACUUCAGGACGCCACGCAAUGCCAAGAUUGUCAAUGUCUGCAACUGGAUUCUUUCCUCUGCAAUUGGGUUGCCUGUCAUGUUCAUGGCCUCCACUACCGUCACUUUAAACACAGGCAUAGUGGACUGCAAGCUGAAUUUCCCCCACCCCGCCUGGUACUGGGACACCCUGCUCAAGAUCUGUGUGUUCAUCUUUGCCUUCAUCAUGCCCGUCCUCAUCAUCACUGUCUGCUAUGGCCUCAUGAUCCUGCGGCUAAAGAGUGUGCGAAUGCUGUCAGGCUCCCAGGAGAAGGACAGGAAUCUGCGUCGAAUCACCCGCAUGGUCCUCGUAGUGGUUGCCGUCUUCAUUGUCUGCUGGACUCCUAUCCACAUCUUUGUCAUCAUCUCAGCUCUGAUCACCAUCCCCAACUCCACCUUCCAGACUAUCACCUGGCAUUUCUGCAUCGCUCUCGGCUACACAAACAGUAGUCUGAACCCCAUCCUUUAUGGCUACCUGGAUGAGAACUUCAAGCGUUGUUUCCGUGAGUUCUGCACCCCAAGUCCUUCAGUGUUGGAGAUACAGAAUUCAUCCAGGACUGGAGCCAGUAGCCGCAAGAUCCCACAGCGUGAACACAUCAGCGCAAACACAGGAGAAAGGUCCAAUCAACAGGUCACCAGUGUCUGUAUUACUUGAAUGUUUUUAAAGGAGUAGUUAGGUAGGAGCAUUUAGUGGAAGAGUCUUUCGCUCUGUGUUUCAAUGUUAAAGGAGAACAUCAACAGCUUCCAAAUAUCUGUACAGUUGGUGGCACAGCUGGUAAGCUUGGCUUGCAUAAUGUUUGUUGCCAGAAGCAGAGAUAAUGAAAGUCACUGUGCCCCCUCAAAAGUAUGUGCAAUCUAAACUGACAUGCAGUACUGUGCAGAAGUCUUGAGCCUGCCUUCAUUUUUUCAUAUCUUGCUUCCAAGGAGCCAGACUUUCUUGACAUUUUUAUUAACAACAGUUCUCCUGUUUGUUUUUAAGGUCUUUCUUAGAUUUUCUCUGGAUAUGCUGCUUCUCAGUCCAGUUCUUAUGCCUGACAAUUUUCAAGGCGGUUUAUUUGUUAGUGUUGGUGGGGUUUUUUUUGGUAAGCUUGUUAACACUGACCUAUGAAUCACUUGAGCAUUAGAAAGACACCUAACUCAAAGGACAAACUAGUGCCAUGAAUACAAGUCAUAGACAACCUUUUAAAUAGUAUCAUUAGGCACUUUGUCAUUAGCAGCGAGUUUCAAAAGGAAGAUGACACAGUUUGAUAGUCAGAAAAUAGCUCUGGUUUUUCACCAAGAAGGUGAUUCUCAAAAUGCUAUUGCAUGUAUGCUGUGUCCUUAAAAAAAAAUGAGGAAACUGGACAUAAGGAGAUGAACAACAUGUGAAAGUCAUGUUCUUCGGAAACAAAAAAAAAUCUAGCAAAGUCGUGACACAGGACCUGAGAGAUGCAUCCGCCCCUUCACUGUAGCCUCAUCAGUAAAGGUCUCUAUAGAAGGGUGGCAAUAGAGAAGCCUUUCUUAAGGGAGGGAAAGAGUCAUUUCUCACUGGCUGCAGUGUGAAAAUCAAAGCAUAAACAUGGUGAAGGCUCUGCUAUGGUUUGAGGCUUAUUUCACCCAGUGGGGGAUAUUAUCAAACUGAUGGUUUUAUGAAUGUAGAAAAGUACUGUCAGAUUUUGUAAUACCACAAAGCAUCUAAAGUUAGCAUCUGGUGAUAGCUUCAUUUUCUUUUCCUAAACACACUGUUUUGCCUUAAAUACUGUGUUUCCGCGUAUGUUAAACUUUUUUUCAAUAAAUUUGCAUCACCCAGUUCUAAAAAAAAUGAGGGGAGGCUCAAGUCUUAAUUUUGAACAGAACCAAGUUAAAAAUGUCUAUUCCUGCUUGUAGCAAUAGGCUAACUUAAGCUAAGGCUGUAGCAUCAUUUCAUACCGUGAACUAUGUCGACUGCAUAACAGGGUGAAUUUCAACAGCACAGUGUUGUCUCAAAUUGAACACAGCAUUAUGUAGUUAGAGGAAAUGACAUUUGAAAAUACC